AUGCCGACGUUUCGGGAGAUUGUGACGGCAAAAAAUUUUGUUUUUUUGCUUAAAUUCUUGGGGGUGGCAGGGGCUUUUGGUAGUGGAAGUUUGGCACUUUUUUUAUUGAUGUGGUUUCGUCCACAUGAAUUAAAUGAAGUGCGCAUGUUUAUUGCAUACGUGUACAUCAUCUUCUUUUCAGUGAUAUCGCCGGCCGCGGAGGUUGGCAUGAUGCAGCACCGUCACCUGAUGCGGUUUACACGUUUCCUCCUAUCGAACAUUGGACGUGCCUUUCUUUACGUUUUCAUUGGAGGGCUACUGCUUGGAACACACAUUGCCGGAUGGAUCGUCGGUGUGUACAUGAUUUCUUUGGGUGUCCUCAACAUUUUUGCAUACUGCGUGACAGGUGAGGACUCUACGGUGUAG